AGGGUCCCUCCGGGAGUGAGGGCACCCGCAGUCGGGCUUUGUCACCGGGAGUGAGGGCACCCGCAGUCGGGUUUGCCUUCCGCGGGUGGCGGCGCCAGGGAUUGCGCCCUCCCGUCACUUCGCGGAGCGCAGGUGGCUGGUGGCCGGGGCUGAGCGAGGGGGGUUGCCCGGCCGGUGCCCGACGGGGCGUGCGAGCGCUUGCAGCGCUUGGGGGGCUGUGCGCUCUUGGCCGAGUUCGGUGCUUGCCGGCUGGGGUGCUUUCGCAGCCCAGGGUUGUACCUGCCCCCUGCGCGGCGGCAACACGGGGACUCCGAUGCGGUGUUUGAGGGCGACGCAGCAAAAGUAACGCUUGUCUGUAUUUCGAAUUACAUGCCUGGAAGUACUUGGUAGUGUUGAUCACCUGUACUUCAGCACAAGAACUCCAGCUUAAUCCUUUUCAAAUACUUCUCUCAGAACAUGGGGGAAAAUGAUGACGAAAAAUGCAGUCAGGCUGGCCAGAUAUUUGAGAACUUUGUACAAGCAUCAACCUGCAAAGGUACCAUUCAGGCCUUUAAUAUUCUCACUCGCCAACUUGAAUUGGAUCCUUUGGACAAUAGAAACUUUUACACCAAACUGAAGUCCAGAGUGACGACAUGGAAGGCCAAAGCUUUGUGGAACAAGCUUGACAAAAGAGCAAGUCACAAAGAAUAUAAACGUGGGAAAUCUUGUAUGAACACGAAGUGUUUAAUUAUUGGAGGUGGCCCAUGUGGCUUGCGGACUGCCAUAGAACUUGCCUUCCUGGGAGCCAAAGUUGUGGUGGUGGAGAAGCGGGACACUUUCUCAAGAAACAACGUGUUACAUCUCUGGCCGUUUACCAUCCACGAUCUCCGGGGACUGGGAGCAAAGAAAUUUUAUGGGAAAUUCUGUGCAGGAUCUAUUGAUCACAUCAGUAUUCGACAACUUCAGCUUAUCCUCUUCAAAGUUGCACUUAUACUAGGAGUUGAAAUCCAUGUGAACCUAGAAUUCGUGAAACUCCUGGAGCCUCCUGAAGAUCAAGAAAACCAAAAGAUUGGUUGGAGGGCUGAAUUUCUCCCCAUGGAUCACCCGUUGUCAGAGUAUGAAUUUGAUGUUAUUAUUGGUGCAGAUGGCCGCAGGAACACGUUAGAAGGUUUCAGGAGGAAGGAGUUUCGUGGAAAGCUGGCUAUAGCUAUCACUGCCAAUUUUAUAAACAGAAAUACAACUGCAGAAGCCAAGGUAGAAGAAAUUAGUGGUGUUGCUUUCAUCUUCAAUCAGAAAUUCUUCCAGGACCUAAAAGAGGAAACGGGAAUUGACCUGGAGAAUAUUGUUUACUACAAAGACAGCACUCAUUAUUUUGUGAUGACAGCAAAAAAGCAGAGUCUUCUGGACAAAGGGGUGAUUAUUAAUGACUAUAUUGAUACUGAGUUGCUCCUCUGUGGGGAAAAUGUGAACCAGAGCAAUUUGCUGUCCUAUGCCAGAGAAGCUGCUGACUUUGCAACCAAUUACCAGUUGCCUUCCUUGGAUUAUGCAAUUAAUCACUACGGGCAACCAGAUGUUGCAAUGUUUGAUUUUACUUCCAUGUAUGCAUCUGAAAAUGCUGCACUAGUGAGAGAGAGGCACAGACAUCAGCUCCUGGUGGCACUUGUUGGAGAUAGUUUGCUUGAGCCCUUCUGGCCAAUGGGUACUGGCUGUGCAAGAGGCUUUUUAGCUGCUUUUGAUACUGCGUGGAUGGUGCGGAGUUGGGCUCAAGGAAAACCCCCGUUAGAAAUCCUUGCUGAACGGGAGAGCAUUUAUCGACUCUUGCCUCAGACUACCCCUGAAAAUAUUAAUAAGAACUUUGACCAGUAUACCAUUGACCCAGGAACAAGAUACCCAAACUUGAACUCAAGCUGUGUUCGACCUCACCAGGUGAGACAGUUGUAUGUUACCAGUGAGUUACAACAAUGUCCCCUUGAAAGAGUAAGCUCCAUUAGAAGAUCAGUGAAUCUCUCAAGACAUGAGUCAGAUAUUCGUCCUAACAAGCUUUUGACCUGGUGUCAGAAACAGACAGAGGGGUACCGUAAUGUUAAUGUCACAGACCUGACUACCUCCUGGAAAAGUGGCCUUGCCUUGUGUGCAAUUAUCCAUCACUUCAGACCUGACCUCAUUGACUUUGAUGCGCUGAAUGAAGAGGAUGUUGUCAAAAACAAUCAGCUGGCAUUCGAUAUUGCGGAGCGGGAAUUCGGGAUUCCCCCUGUGACCACAGGGAAGGAGGUGGGGUCAGCCAGGGAGCCUGACAAGCUCAGCAUGGUCAUGUACCUCUCCAAGUUUUAUGAACUGUUCAGGGGCACACCUCUGCAGGCAGUAGAUGCUGAUGACAAGCAAAAUGGAGAAAAUGAUGACUUUUUCUCAGCAAAAUCAUCAAACUUCAUCUUCAAUAAUUAUAUCAAUUUAACUUUACCAAGAAAACGAAUACCAAAGGUAGGUGGGAAAACAGAAGAAAAGGAGACUAACAAAAGACGUCGAAAAGGUCUUUUUGGUGUCUUCGAGGAGGCUUCAGGCUUUUCAAGCCAAGGGACAAAUGCUGGGAAAGAACAAAGUGAUGGCAGAGAAGGAAAGAACCAGAACAAAGUUAAAUCAAUGGCAACACAACUGUUGGCAAAGUUUGAAGGGAAUGCUUCAAAUGCGAUUUUGCGGAGGCAGGAGCUAGAUAGACCAGCCCUGCUCUCUUCUGACCCUCCUGUUAAUCCUCGCUUUGCUAAACCUAUGGAUCCAAGCCUUCUUCCACCUCAACCCAAAAGGCAGGUAGGAACUCACGGGCAGUGCAGAAAGCAGAAUUUUUUCACUUCAAGUGUUUCCCAGUUUCAGGUGGUAGCUAGGAGUGAACACGAGGUCAGGGAACCCAAACAGUCUUUAAAUGGUUCUGAUCAUAUGGCCAGGAGAGCAAAGACUGUACAAAAAGCAGAUACCCUGCCCAGUCUGUCAGAAACCUCUGAAAAUCUCGCAUCUGCCUGUUCUGCUGCCUUUGUACUUUCUGGAGUGCUUGAGCGUCUUCAGCACCUGGAGGAAAAAAUAAAACAGAAAAGAGCCCAGACCAUAGCAAAUAGGGAAUUCCAUAAAAAGAACAUUAAAGAGAAAGCAGCACAUCUUGCCUCAAUGUUUGGAUACAUGGAGUUUCCAAAGAAUAAGCUACCUACUAAAGGCUUACCUCAUUCUCAGCUCCCAACUCCCUCUUGCCCUCUACCUCAUGACUCAGCUGCUGCAUCUUCUCCAUCAUCUGUCAGUUCAGCUUCUCCUGCUGUUCCUUCUAGACAGAUGACUGUAGGAAAGGUCUCACGUGCAGUUGGAGCUGUGGCUGAAGUUCUUGUCAAUCUGUAUGUGAAUGAUCACAGGCCCAAGCCACAGCUUCCCCCUCUUGAACUGGGAUCUCUGCGAAAAGAAUUUCCACAGUCUGUCGGGGGGAGUGACAUCUGUUAUUUCUGCAACAAACGGGUCUACGUUAUGGAGCGGCUGAGCGCAGAAGGCCACUUCUUUCACAGGGAGUGCUUCAAGUGUGAAGUAUGUUCUACAACACUGCGGUUAGGAAUUUAUGCCUUUGAUGUUGAAGAAGGCAAAUUUUACUGUAAACCUCAUUUUACACACUGCAAAAUCAGUACUAAACACAGAAAGAGAAGAGCAAUGACACAGAUCCAAGGAAAGGAGACAACAGAAGCAUGGAAAAAAGAGGAACCCAAACCCACGGAGACCAUCACAGAAAACACUUUGUCUGCAGCUAACAGUCCAGAGGACAGGUCCCCAGGUAUCCUGACUUCCUUCUUUAGGGGCACGCUAAACUGGCCCCUGCGGGUGACAAGGGAUCUGCUUGACAUUCCCAGACGCCUGUCUAACUGGAUGCAUGGUUUUCUGCACGCUACCAAUCUUCAUUUCAGGGACAAUGCAUAUAACUAUACCUACUUGUACGAACUCUUGAGCCUUGGUGUGCCAUUCCUCUAUGCUCUUCUAGAGGUACUUGCUCAUAUGUACCGGGAAGCAGAGCUAUCACUUGAGAAUGUGCUUGAGUGGGUGAAAAAAAUUCUAACACCCAGCCUGAUGGCUGUCUCACUGAGCAGUGAGGACCUGCAGGCUGCACCUGAAACUUCCUCAUUGCAUCCUUGUGGAGUGGAUGAAUCCCAGCAGGGAUGUACCACAGAUCCCCAGGUUCAAAGGAUGCUGGGCUAUCAGUGUGUACAGCUUGCCUGCACCUGUGGGGACACAUGGGGUUCCUCACAGAAACCACUGCUGCUGGCCAAGGAAGUGAGUUCCCCCCUGAAGACUCCUUUGCUUCAGCUUGCCCCUAACACCCAGCUUUGUGCUUUCCCAGACCAUCACCUGCCUACAACUGAUGAGCCCACCUCCCCAAAGAAGGCGAAGAGCAUCCCCAAGUGCCCUGAUCUGGAGAGCUGGUUCUCACCCCCUUCCCCUGAGUGGGCCACCGUCAGGAUCAUACCUGAGGAGGAGAUGACUGAACACAACCUUCUUGCUAUCAGAGUCAUGGUCACCAGUGAUGCAAGCAGCUCUGAGCUGGAGUCUGAUUUUAAUGGUGACUCAAACUCUGAAGUGAAUGAAGGAGGGACCUCAUUGCCUGAACCCUCUGUCUGCCUGAGCCCUUUCCAGAGGUGGGCAUCACUCACCAGGAGCCCUGUGGUGCUAGAGGAAAGCCCCAAAACAUCUAAAGUUGCCGAUGCACUACAGAGAGCCAACAGUUUUCACUCCACAGCAUACAAUAAGUAUCAGAAUUGGAGGAGAAAACUGCAAACAAGUUGCCCUUUACUGUCCAGCAAGAAACAUGGGCUACACUGGAAGGAGAGCUCAACCAGCUGUCAAAGCAGUCCUGAAGAGGAUCACCUUCAAACACAGGUACAAAGGAGAAUUGUACAGAGGAAAAAAAAGAAUGUAACUAUUGGUGGGCAUGCACAGUUGGCUUCUCACAAGAAACCAACAGAAGUUACAAGAGAUCAUUUCAAACCCUACAGCCCAGUAUUUCAAAGAAAAGAAAAAUCUAGAGAGAUGCCUGAAGAAAUCCAUCCCUAUGUGCCUCAUUGUCCUUUUCAGAGCAGCACCAGACAUUUUCCACAGAUCUCUCCUGGGAAUGGGACACUGGCUGCUGAUUUUUCAGAGCCCGAAGAUGCAAAUAGUGACGUUGGGGCAUACACAACAAAGGGCUGGAAGGAAAAAACCCAGAAACAUACCUCUGAAGCAGAUUUUAAUAGGAAGAAAAAAAUGUUAUCUUUUCUGGAUUUGAAAGAGAAAGAUGGCAAAAAUACAAGGCACCCAGAAGAAAACCUUGAGCAAGAAUUAAAGGAGACAGAAAAGAAGCUGAUAUUUUGUAGUCAACAGCGACCCUUGUCAUAUGAUUCAAGCAGGGUAGACAUAGGACAAAACAAAGAAGCUCUGUGGACUUCAGAGGAGAAGGGUGAUGACUGGCAAAGAGAUGGGUUCAAACUCUCUUGUCCUAUGCCUCUCUUAUUUGCAGAUGGUGCUCCACCAGCUUUGCCAGUUGACACAAAAGAUUCUCUGAGAGGUCCAGAUGCAGCUUCCAGGGAGCAUACAGCUGGCUGCCCAAAAUCACCACUAAAGCUCAUAGCCCAUGCCAUCAAAAGGUCCAUUUUGGAACCUCUAACGUCAUCUCCAGAAGGACUAAAGCAGGACUCAGACAGCAAAGUCAAAGCCUCUUCAGAACAAGCUGUCUUCAGCUUCUCCAGUGCUCCUGGCUGUUCCCUAAGCCAAAGGAAUAUUAACAGUAAUAGAACAAAUAACACUCAGCCACAGGAGCUUAUAGCAGGGGAGUGUGCAGGAGAGUAUUUAGCAAAUGGGAGGCCUUUCUCAAAUACAUCCAGUUUUUCUGUUGGCUCUGAAGAGAGAUCUCCAAGGCGUUAUAGCAAGAAGGUAUUCUUCCCUGUCUACAGUCCUCACACCAGGCCUUCCAAGACAACCAGUAUACCUCAGGAAUCACCUUGCACUAGGAUGGAGGAUGUCCCAGAACUUCUGGAAAAGUUUACCUUUAAAGAGAAUCCUCUAGGGGCUCCCACGGAUGACACAUUUAUCUGUAAUGAAAAGUACCUCCUUCUUUCAUCUCCGGAGCCUGACGACACCUCCAAGGACAAUCUGGACAACUCAGGACAGAAGGGUAGCCUUGGGUCACUUUUCAGUAGAUUGAGAAGUAAAUUUUGUGACAAAGAAGGGUAUUCCUUUGUGUCAUCUCUGCCUUUCUUGAAGGACCAUCCUCCAGAAGACAGGCUGUGUUAUCCUUUCACAGGAUGUGAACACCUACCUGUCAGAAAACAAGCUACUGAGUAUUCUACUUCUUCCUCUGAUGAUGAAUUUGAACCCAAGCCUUCAUUAACACACAAGGCAAAAAGAGCUCUCAGAAGGAGAAGGAAGCUGGAGAAAGAGACAAAGCAACUGAUUAAACAAGAGGAGCUAAAGAGGCUUCACAAAGCACAGGCGGUCCAGCGCCAGCUAGAAGAACUGGAGGAAAGACAAAGAGCUCUAGAGAUUUUUGGUGUCAAACUGGAGAGAGAACUAAGAGGAGAAUCAGAUUCAGGUAUAAACGAUGAAACUCAGAUGCUACAUGAAUGGUUUGAGCUGGUCCUGGAGAAGAAUAAACUAAUGCGUUAUGAGUCUGAGCUCCUGAUUAUAGCUCAAGAGCUAGAACUACAGGACCACCAAAGCCGACUGGAACAAAAGCUGAGAGAAAAAAUGGCCACCGAUGAUAACCUUAAAAAUGAGAUGGAUCUGAAUGAAGAGGAUGAAAUCUUUACUGAAAUGAUGAAAGUGGUUGAAGAAAGGGACAAACUUGUAUCUAUCUUAGAGGAGCAGAGAGUGAAAGAAAAAGCAGAAGACCAGCACUUUGAAAGCAUUAUACUAUCCAGAGGCUAUCAGCUGGGCAGGAUUUAAACAGCCACAUGCAGACAGACAUGAUUUCAGCAAUAUUUGUGAUCAUGGAGAGACAGUCUUCUGAAAAAUGAAGAAAUUCAAAUGUAGUAUCAAUGUAUUCAGGAAACAUUUUGUUAUCAAAAGCUCUAAAGCAGUUCUGCUCAAACUGGAGUGAGUCACUUCACUAUCAGCUUAAAGGAUCACUGAAAUACAGACUGGGACUGAAUUUACCUGUCUGAUGGACAUCAGGGACUUUGAAAGGGAAAUUAUUUUCUUGGAAUUUUAUUUUAAUGCUGAGAAUAGAAUUCCUGAGAAACAUGACAUCAUUUAGUAUUUUUGAGACUGCAUUACUUCCAUUUGUCUCAAACUGUACGUGGUUUUAUUAAUAUUUUGUCACAGCCAAGCCAUGUUGAACUAUUUAAAGGUCAGAAAGGGAGCAUCUCU